AGAAAUAACUCCUCGUGUGCUCGUGAACAGUCUAAUCCUUUUUUUUUAAUAAAAAAAACUCCAUCAAUCUCUUAUACUUCUGUGUUAUAAAGAGGGGUGUGUGUAAAGGUGGAAGAAAGGCAAGCGAUCUGAACUUUGAAGAUGUGGAGGUUGAAGAUUGGAGAAGGAUCAGGGAAAGAUCCAUACUUACUCAGCACAAAUAACUUCGUGGGGAGGCAGACAUGGGAGUUUCAUGGAGAAGAUGGAAGCCAGCAGGAGAGAGAUGAAGUUGAAGCUGCUCGUCAUAACUUCUCCUCUAAUCGCUCCAUUUUCAAAGCCUGUGGUGAUCUCCUAUGGCGAUUUCAGUUUUUGAGAGAGAAGAAUUUCCAGCAAAAGAUACCACCUGUGAAGAUCAAAGAAGAAGAGGAAAUAACAUCUGAGAAAGUUAUGAACACUGUGAAAAGAGCAGCUCAUUAUUUGUGUGCAUUGCAAUCUAAGGAUGGCCACUGGCCUGCUCAAAUUGCUGGACCUCUCUUCUAUAUCCAACCCUUGGUAUUUUGCUUGUAUAUUACGGGGCAAAUUGAAACCGUGUUUACAAAAGAGCAUCAGAAAGAGAUUCUACGUUACUUGUACAAUCACCAGAAUGAAGAUGGAGGGUGGGGACUUCAUAUUGAGGGUCACAGCACCAUGUUCUGCACAGCACUAAGCUACAUAUGCAUUCGCAUCCUUGGAGGUGAUGACGAUGCUUGUGUUAGAGCUCGAAGCUGGAUUCAUGAUCGUGGUGGUGUCACCUACAUUCCCUCUUGGGGAAAGACUUGGCUUGCUAUACUUGGGGUAUUUGAAUGGGCUGGAAUCAACCCAAUGCCUCCUGAGUUUUGGCUUUUGCCUUCAUUUCUUCCUAUGCAUCCAGCUAAAAUGUGGUUUUAUUGUCGAUCAGUCUACAUACCUAUGUCUUACUUGUAUGGAAAAAGGUUUGUGGGUCCAGUCACACCACUUAUUCUUCAAUUGAGAAAAGAGCUUUAUGUUCAACCUUACCAUCAAAUUGAUUGGAAUAAAGCUCGCCACCUUUGUGCCCAGGAGGAUAUUUACUCUCCACAUCCCUUGGUACAAGAUCUCAUAUGGGAUAGCUUAUAUAUAUUAACCGAGCCACUUCUUGUUCGUUGGCCUUUCAACAAAUUGAUCAGAGAGAAGGCUCUUCAAAAAGCAAUAAAGCAUAUUCAUUAUGAAGAUGACAAUACUCGAUACAUCACUGCUGGAUGUGUGGUAAAGUCUCUAUGUAUGAUUGCUUGUUGGGCUGAGGAUCCAAAUGGAGAAGCUUACAAAAAGCAUCUCGCUAGGGUUCCUGAUUAUUUGUGGGUUUCAGAAGAUGGAAUGACCAUGCAGAGUUUUGGAAGCCAAACAUGGGAUGCUAGCUUAGCGAUUCAGGCUUUGCUUGCGACUAACCAAGUUGAAGAAAUUGCUCCUACACUUGCAAGAGGACAUUAUUUCCUCAAGAAAUCCCAAGUUAAUAAUAACCCUUCUGGUGACUUUAAGAGUAUGUAUCGUCAUAUUUCUAAAGGGUCAUGGACUUUCUCUGAUCAAGACCAAGGAGUGCAGGGUUCAGAUUGCACAGCCGAAGCUUUGAAGUGUUGUCUUCUAUUGUCAAAGCUACCUCCAGAGGUUGUGGGUGAAAAGAUAGAACUUGAAAGCUUGUUUGCUGCUAUUAACGUAUUAUUAUCUUUUCAGAGCAAAAAUGGUGGUUUAGCAUCUUGGGAACCGAUCAGAGGUCAGGAUUGGUUAGAAGUAUUGAAUCCAAUUGAAUUUUUGGAGAACGUGGUAGUGGAGCAUGAAUAUGUUGAGUGCACUGGGGCAGCAAUAGAGGCCUUAGUUGUGUUUAAAGAGCUAUAUCCAAUGCACAGAAACAAAGAGAUUGAGAAUUUCAUUGAAAAUGCUGUGAGAUACAUAGAAGAAACUCAGACAGAAGAUGGUUGCUGGUAUGGAAACUGGGGAGUUUGCUUCAUUUAUGGAACAAUGUUUGCACUUGGUGGGCUUGUUGCAGCUGGCAAAACUUAUCAAACUUGUGCUUCCAUUCGUAAAGCUGCCGACUUCCUUCUCUCGACACAAAGAGAAGAUGGUGGGUGGGGAGAGAGCUAUCUUUCAUGCCCUAAGAAGAAGUAUGUACCGCUUGAAGGAAGCCGUUCAAAUGUGGUUCAAACAGCAUGGGCUAUGAUGGGUCUUAAUUACUCUGGCCAAGCAGAGAGAGACCCAACUCCUCUUCAUCGUGCAGCAAAAGUCCUAAUUAAUUCUCAGUUAGAAGAUGGGGAUUGGCCACAGCAAGAAUUGACAGGAGUAUUUAUGAGGAAUUGCAUGUUGCAUUAUCCACUGUAUAGAAACACCUUCCCCAUGUGGGCCCUCUCUGAAUAUUACUACAAGCAAGCAAAUUCCAUUGCAUAAAUAAAAAGGGGCAUCCCUUCAUGCCACAAAUUAAGGAAUAUUCAGUGUAUAUAGUCUGUUCAUCUUUUGUUACCAUCUCUUGAUUCUGUUGUAAUGGACUAAGGACCAAACUUACAUCCAUCCAGUUACUUAUAUAUAAGCUCUGAUAUGGAUU